UGUGCGCCACGUGACGCAAUCCCGCAGCGAUUUUGGGUCGGGCAAGUGCGUGCCAAGCGGAGUUUUUAGCUAGCUGCCUCGGCGAGAGGUCGAGGAUUGUUUGCAGCCGAAUAACGGUACUGACGGAGCCACACGCGUAAUUUCUUCCGUCGGACUCUAUACCGUUACGGAUUCGCAGUUUCCGGGGCAAGAAAAGGAGGACAUUCGUCUUUUUCUUGGAGGCGAUUGAGGGAGGCCGCUAGUUUGUCACCAGAGAGAACACAAGGAGAUCAACAAGCGGCACCACUGCCCCUCUUUGUUGUCCCUCCGACAAGCCACGCCCCCUGGAGACGCCUAGCAACAUGGGGAGAGAUUCGGAGCUCUUCAAGGCUGCACAGAAUGGGAACACUGAGUUCCUGGAGAAAGCAUUCGCCACCUUCCUGGCCAGCGACAAAGACACGCCUCCAACAAGAGGGAGAGGGAAAAAACAGUCAUCUGGAGUUAGUCUUAGGAAAGGAGCAUCUCCCAACAUGCAGGAUGAGCAAGGCUACACUCUGCUUCACCACGCCUCCCUCAACGGACAAUGUGAGACAGUUCGCCUGUUGCUGCGGUGUGGGGCGUCGACCACCAUUCCAGACUGCUCAGGCUCCGGUCCACUCCAUCUGGCGGCAUGGAAGGGAGACUUGGAGGUCGUCAGGGUGCUCGUCAGCCAGGGGCCGUCCCGUGCCAAUGUCAACCAACAGAACGAUACUGACAACACUCCUCUUCACCUGGCGGCACAGUAUGGAUACUCUGCUGUUGUUGAUUACCUUCUGCAGCGUCACGCAGACCCCAUCCUCCACAACUGUCAGGGAGAGACUCCGCUGGACCUGGCUGCUCAGUAUGGUCACCUGGAUACAGUUCACCUGCUGAUCUCCCACUGCCCCGAGCUACUGAGUCUCUCCAGGGGGAAAUUCUCUCCUCUUCAUCUCGCCGCCAGGAAUGGGCACACCCUUGUCGCCCUCUCUCUUAUCAACGCCGGGAUCUCCGUCAACGUCAUGGGCGAGCACGGGACACCUCUCCACGAGGCGGCUCUGUUUGGCAAACCUGAGACGGUGAAGAUGUUGCUGGACAAGGGGGCCAGCGUUGAGACGAGAGACAGAGCCAGCAAGUCCGUCCUCGAGGCCCUGAGGGAGUUCCCUGCUGAGAGGGCUCGCGAAAUCACCAAGCUUAUUGAAGAACACAAGGAAGAGACGACGUCAUCGGGGGUUUCCCCCCACAUGGUUGCCGUGGCGAGGAACGGCUAUACGCCGGCAUCGGCAAGUUCGUCGGCUCUGGCCUUCUCUGCUGGGGACCACAUCUCCGUCAUCAGUCGGAGUUCAAAGGUCAUGUUCGAGGGGUCUGUUCACGGCAAAACUGGUUCCUUCCUCUCCCAAGAUGUUGUCUUUCAUAGAGAGGUCGGAGGUCAACUUGUACCAGUUGAAUCUCCCGAUGACAUGUUCCCUCCUCCCCCCUCCCCCUCACAAGACCACACCCACAUGAAUUAUCACUCUGUGACCAAUGACGACGACAACGAAACUCCUCCCAUCGUCCCAGCCAAGACUUACAAAGAUUACCGUCGCUAUAGCAACCAGGAGCUCCUCCCCCCUGGUUUGGAGGGCCGAGGUGGCCGCCAUAAGUCGGUGCCUCUUCCGGUGAAGAUGAAGAAACUCUCGAAGAAGGAAAAGAGAUUCCAGCUGUCGAAAGAUGAUGGCGCGUACUGUGAACUCUCUACCAUUGAUCCUGUUACUGCCGUCCAAUCAGAUUCAGCUGGUAACGUUCGCCUUAACCCCAUCGGUCCCGCAUUCCUCGCCUCGUUUCCCGGGCAACCGGGGUCUCCUGGUGCAGUCACCACCUCUCACAAUGGCCCCACCCCUUCUGUUGCCGGGCAACCAAACAACGGGGAAGAUUUUCUCGGUUCGUAUUACGUUUUGGAGGUAGGGAAUUUCAAAGGAGGGGAGAAGGAAGGAAAGGGAGGGGAGGAGACCGGGGGAGAAGACUUGCCAGCUGCCUACUACAUGUUGGACGUGGCACACAUGGAAAGAGAAGGAGAAGGAGAGAAAGGUGGGAAGAAACGAAGCGACAGUUCGAGAAGCUACGAGAACAUUUCAUCUCCUCAGGGCAUUCAGUAUGAGAAUGUCGAGGUAAAGAAGACGAGUGGUCCGAAAUACGAGAAUAUUAGAAUGAGGCGUUGCCACGAGCGACAAAAGUCGUCUCCGAUGGGUAUACCACAGUCGAGUGGUCCUGGUGGUAGGGGGGAGGGGGUGGGGUGCCACGAUGAUACCGCAAUGGCACGAAGAAUGUCGACUAGUCUUCCAUCGCAGUCAAUGACAGGUGAUGUUGCUAGGGAACGACUUAUUGCAGCUGCUAAUGUUGCCACUGACGACCAACGUCACAACAAUGACAGUCCGCCAAGGGUCGAAGGUCGUCUCCCACGGACACGAAGAAGCAGGGAACGGAUAUACGAAAUGACACCGGUGACCUUUCCGAAGAGACGAUCGUCCCGUAGUGAAGUGGGUGGGGCUAACACUGAUGAGGCCAGUGAUAAGAAACCAGUUGAUAAAGAAAAGACAAAAAUCGAUGGAGAGGCUGCUGAAAUCUGUGUUGCUACGGCAACCACUGACAGAGUGGAUACCGCAGGGGCACAAUCUUUCGUUCGUGACGUGAAGAAAGAAAGUGCCAAGAGUUCAGUAAAGGGGGUGGGAGGGAAGGAAGAGAGGGACGAAGAGCCAUUGACAAAAAUGAUGGAACUGAAUGGUUUACCUUUUGCCGGACUUGUCCUGUCAUCAUCAGUAGCAGCAACGUUGUCAGUGGGCGAAGAGGGAGAGGGAAGAGAAGAGGGUGUGGUCAGCCGACAGAGGGCGGAGACCAUUUGGGAUGACUGUCGAGUCCAGCGAGAAUGGAAUCAGAUUGACUCUCUACUAAAGGACAUGACUGGCAGUAUUUCAAGAGAAAACCUCGCAGCCUCCUCUCCCCCAGCUGACCUUCACUCCUGGCUGGCCGACAACGCCAUGGAGAAAUACACCAGUAACCUAGAGACCAACGGGUUUGACUGCCUUCUCUUCCUGGGAGGAGGAUUGUUAAUUGCUGAAGAUUUACAAGACAUUGGAGUGACCAGCCCAGAGGAUCAGCUAACGCUCCAGGCGACGUCACACCUCCUGCCUCCUCCCCCAUUGCUAGGGGGCAUGUCCACAGUUACGGAAUGGCUAGAGGCACUCCAACUGAGUCAAUUAUCCAAUAAAUUUGAGGGACUGACUCUCCAGAAAAUCUCUAGAAUGUGGGACAUUGAACUUACCUCAGUGGUGGGGGUGGAGUUGCUAGGACACCGUCGCAGACUCCUGUAUGGAAUAUCAGAGUUGUGUAGCAGUCACCCAGACUGGUCCUCACCUCCCACUCACUGGGACCAGACGAGGAGGAGGAGAAGGAGGGAAACUCCGCCCACUCAGACCACUGCCACACCCUCUCUCUUUCGAGACUACACCUCCAUACAGCCGUCGUUACGGCAACAGACUCCGCCUUCUCCCAUAUCUCCAAUUGAACUCCGACCUCCGCUGGAGUCUCAGGGACGAGAUGACACAGACCCCAGACCUCACUCCCUUAUCUCCUCCUCGUCGUCAUGGCGACACAGCGUGGCGUCCCUCGUCAACGAGACGAUCAACUACGAAGCCAAAUACCUGGGGAGUGUGAUAGUGGUGAAGGUGAAAGGAAUACAAUCUACUGAAGAGGCCUGUCUCAGACUGAGGACCUCUACGGAGAACAUGCAGAAGUUGCCAGAUGUCAUUCUCUCUGUCGCAUGGAAAGGUGUAAAGUUCAUCGACGGAAAGUCCAAGAUGGUAGUCAGUACCCACGCCAUUCAGGACAUCUCUUACUGUUCCCAGGAUAUCGAGGACAAACGAGUGUUUGCAUACAUCACUAAGGACAAGACUGGAAUGUACUACAGUCACGUUUUCAUGGCAACGAAUGAGGUGAUAGCAGAGGAGAUCCUCAUGACGAUAGGACAGGCAUUUGAAAUAGCGUAUCAGAUGGUACGGAAGGCACGGGCCAAGGUGACUCCGCCCAGAAACUCUAAUUAACACCCACCACAUUACCAAUAAUUUUCUCUUGUAGUUUUCAUCACAAUUAUGUUCCAAUCAUCAUCAUUAUUAUCGUCUCACUUCACUUCUUGAUUAAUGAUUUAAUGAAAAGCACUAAAGUGAGAAAUGUGGAACCCAUACACAAGUGUGGCACUGCCACAAUUGAUGGUCUUGACCAUAGA